AAAUCCUGUUUUUAUUUUAUCUCUUUAUACAAGUAGGAAAACAGCCUUCAGCUCAUGGUUGUCAUGGUGAUGGUAGAGACAAUCUCUUUUCAGUCGUGAAUUAGAGACUCUCUCUUUGCCAUGGAAGUUGUCAAAUUUAUUCUCUUCUUUUUAGUCAUGGUCGUCGUCACGGUGGGGGCGACCGACUCGGAGGUUCGGAACCCACUAAGAAAGAGGAAGCCCCAGCAGGAGCAGAGACAAAGACAGCCAGUCCAACAAGAGAAGGAUGCGGUUUCCGAGUCCAUCACCUGCCCCGAGGAAUUUGGCUUCUUUGCGGAUGCGGAGCAGUGCGAUAAGUACUACACCUGCGAAAACUCCGUCCCCACGGCAAAACUCUGCCCCGACGGACUGGUCUUCCUCGAGGCGGGCUCCUCCAUCGAAAAGUGCGAGUUCCCCUUCGCCGUGGACUGCAGUGGGAGGAGCGUCCUUCAACCCCCCCAACCGGGAUUAAAUUGCCCCCGGAAAAACGGAUAUUUCGCUCAUGAGGAUGUUAAAAUUUGUGACAAGUUUUUUUUCUGCGUGGACGGGGCUUAUAAUGCCAUCACGUGUCCGGCGGGGUUGGUUUUCAGUAAUGCGACGGGGACGUGCACGUGGCCAGAUCAGGCCAAAAAGGCGCAUUGCUCCAGUGGAGAGCUGUUUGAGUUUGACUGUCCGAAAGUGGGUGUGCCGGUGGAGGGGGAAACGGUGAAUCCACACCCGAGGUAUGCCGAUCCCAAGGAUUGUCAGAGUUUCUAUGUCUGUAUUGAUGGGAAGGUUCCGAGGAAGGGAGGCUGCUCCCUUGGCCAAGUAUUUAACGAAAAAUCCGGCCAGUGCGACAAACCCAAGAACGUCCCCGAGUGCAAGGACUGGUACAAGGGGAUCCUCGACUACGACGAGGAAGGGGACAUUCUCACCACAACCACGAAACCAAGGCGACCAGCAUCUAGUAAUUCUGCAGGGAAAAGGAAGGGACCCAAACGACCCGUUGUUAUUAAUGAAGAAUAGUUGUCAUGGUUUAUUAAUAAAUUCUCGUUGCUAUGGUUACUCUCUUGAGUGUUAUGAUAAAGUCAAUCAUUAUGUUGCAAUAAUUAUCGUGUGGUCACUCAAUUUGACUGAUAAAUAAGCAAUAAAAGCAAUUAAAUUGGA